AUGAACAUGAACGGCGGAGCAGAAGAGCCAGCUCCAACAGUGCCGCCGCCGCCUCUUGCGAACAGAGGCAACUUCGGUGCCCGCCUGACCGGAGAUGCCACUGCCACUGAAGGCGAUGUUAGGGGAGGAGAGACAAAGGGAGAUGCUGCAGAUGAGGUAGAGGCGGAAGUCUGCUUCAUCUGUGCAUCACCCGUUAGGCAUAAUUCUGUGACACCUUGUAACCACAGAACCUGCCACAUCUGUGCCCUCAGAUACCGUGCGCUGUACAAGACGAAGGCUUGCGCGCAUUGUCGGACUCAUGCAGAUUAUGUCAUCUUCACCGACAACGCCACCAAGCGAUACGAGGACUUUGCCCCAGACGAGAUCGUCAAGACGGAUGAUAACUUUGGAAUCCGAUAUGAAAAGGCAGAAAUCUGCGAUGAAACGGUUCUUCUAUUGCAGUUCAACUGCCCUGACCACGAGUGCGAUGUCGCAUGUAUGGGGUGGGCAGACCUGCACAGGCACGUCAAAAGCGUACACCACAAGCUUAUGUGCAACCUAUGCACGCAGAACAAGAAGGUCUUUACGCACGAACAUGAGUUGUUUACUCCAGCGGAACUGCGAAAGCAUCAGAAAUUCGGCGAUGACAACCCGGGUGCAAUUGACCAAACCGGCUUCAAGGGUCAUCCGGAGUGCGGCUUUUGCCACGAACGCUUCUAUGGGGACGACGAGCUAUACGCGCAUUGUCGAGACAAGCACGAACGAUGCCACAUUUGUGACAGACGCAGUUCGGGCCGGCAACAGCAGUACUAUGUCGACUACGAUGCGUUGGAGGUCCACUUCCGGAAAGACCACUUUCUUUGCCCGGACCGAGAGUGUCUGGAGAAGAAGUUUGUUGUCUUUGAGUCCGAGAUGGACCUGAAGGCGCAUCAGCUUGAAGUCCACCCCAACGGAAUGACCAAAGAUGCGCGGCGUGAUGCACGAAGAGUAGACGUCUCAGGUUUUGCUUACAGGCAAUCGCAAGAGCAGGAGCGCGGCAACAGGCGAGAGGGCCGCGGCAGGGGCAGAGGCCGUGACCCCAACACAGAAGCGCUGCCAGCAUCCUCCGCUCAACCGUUGCGCAGAGAUGAGUUGGCUUACCAACGCCAGAUGGCAAUUCAGAGUGCUCAGUCUGUCUCAACAAGGAACUUCGGCGGCCAGCUGACAUCGACGGACAUCUACGCUGCCAGACCGCCGCCAAGGGCUGAAGAACCUGCAACAGUCGCGGCUGCACAACCAGUCGGUACCACCGAAAUAUUCCCAUCUCUCGCGUCCCUGAAUCUAGGAACCAACUCGGCGACACCUCUAGCCCGUGCGCCACUUACACCGCAAGAACAAGCGCGGCAACUGCGCCAUAAUGCAGUCCAGGAACGAGCAGCUAACCUGUUGCGCAACGAUCAGACCAAGCUUGCCGAGUUCCGCAGUAGAGUUUCAUCGUAUAAGAAUUCCUCGAUUACUGCGCCAGAGCUUGUGGACCACUUUGUAGCCUUGUUCGACAAUACGAAGGAGCUGGGGAAACUGGUCAAGGAACUUGCGGAAAUCUUUGAGAUACCAUCGAAACGAGACAACCUGCUUAAAGCCUGGAGUGACUGGAAGGCGAUUAACGAGGAUUAUCCUAUUCUACCCGGCCCAAGCCAAGGCGUAUCAGCGUCGACGACUUCCUCUGUCGGCCACGGUGGGUCGAGAGUUCUCAGGCUCAAAAGCUCUACGGCACAGUCAUCUCGUUCCGCCGCCAACAGACAGGGCAGCUGGGGCUCUGCUGGUGAGGGAGGUCUUUUCCCUCCGCUCGCGGCAGGUGCCGCAGCCUCAGCCAACCGUGCAGGUGCUGGCAGAGUCGGACCCGUGCCUUGGGCUGGCGCGUCUGCGUCUCCAAGGCCUUCGCCCAUACCGUCACGUGUAGCGUCCUCCACGGCACUGAACAGAAGUGCACCUGCUGGAGCGGAUGCCUUUCCUGCUUUACCACAAGCUAAGAAGCCUACGAGUACCGCCUUCACUCCCGGUUACACAGGUUACGGCAUAAGGCGAGACAAUAGCGGGCGAAGCACUCCGCUGAACGUAUGGGGUGCUGGCGCGUCAGCUGCCGGGAGCUCUGUUGCUGAUGCAGACCUGGAUGCAGAAGCCGCGACGGAACCGAAGAAGAAGGGCAACAAGAACAAGAAACAAACAUUGUUUCACUUUGGCUGA